AUGGACGGUUCAGUAAAACUGGGGUUCCAUAAAACUGUGAUGGACGGUUCAGUAAAACUGGGGUUCCAUAAAACUGUGAUGGACGGUUCAGUAAAACUGGGGUUCCAUAAAACUGUGAUGGACGGUUCAGUAAAACUGGGGUUCCAUAAAACUGUGAUGGACGGUUCAGUAAAACUGGGGUUCCAUAAAACUGUGAUGGACGGUUCAGUAAAACUGGGGUUCCAUAAAACUGUGAUGGACGGUUCAGUAAAACUGGGGUUCCAUAAAACUGUGAUGGACGGUUCAAACGGUAUAUGCAUCCAUGAAAUCAGGAUAUUUCUUAAUUUUUUAAACCUUUUUUUCAUUUCAGAUUGCCAGAGUCAGGAUGUUCCGGAUGUGUUCAUCGAAGGAUUACCGACCCGCGAUGUUCUGGGCACGACUAAUGCUUUGUUUAUUUGCAAAACAUCAGGACCUGAUGAUGGGCAAGAUCCACAACUCAAGUGGUUUGAUCCCAACAAUAAUCAAAUCCUUGAGAAUUCACAAGAUAAACACCUGAAACUACAACCGCAGACAUUGCGUAACGUCCUCAAUGUGCAGCUGGAGAACAUCACCAUGUCGAUGGCUGGUAUCUACACGUGUAAGGGCGUCAUUGGAUCAGAAGUGAAAGAAGACACGGUCACGCUGAGUGUUUCAACUCCAAUUAUUAUUACUGGUAUUAAAACGGAGCAGCACUUCACCCAGGGCGAAGAUGCCACCGUGGCGUGUUCAUUGAAAGGUUCUAGCUUUACCAUCGCCUGGCUAGACAACAACCGAAAUGCUGUCCGUUACGAUAACCCGCGGAUGACACAAAACGAAAAUGGCCUUGCGAUUAAGAACAUUACAACGUCCGACAGCGGUGUCUACCAAUGUACGAUCAGCACGACUUCUACCUUCAAGAGUGUAAAUAUCAACGUAACUGUCAUGGUGGAACCUGUCAUCAUUCAGUCCCCUUCUCGACAGGAAACAAUCACUGGCGAAUCAAUGAGGAUGGAAUGUAGAGCUACUGGUAUCCCUGAACCCAAAUAUCGAUGGUUUAAGAACGGUCAGACUAAUGCUCUGGUGGACGGUGACCGCUUCACAAUCAAUGCAGAAGUUGGUUCGUUCGUUAUCAAAGAAGUGAUUGAGGACGAUGAAGGAAUCUACCGGUGUGAAGCCUUCAAUGAUGCCGGAAAAGCUCAAAACGAGGCAGAGCUGGACGUGCUAAUCCCGCCUUCCAUCCGAGAACUCAACAACAUGACUGCUAACGAAGGAACCUCAGUGACACUGCGCUGUGUUGUUAGUGGCAAUCCACUCAACUCUGUCACUUGGCGGAAGGGUGAUAUCUCCUUCAGCACCGGCAAUCAAGAUGUGGACGGAAAUUCUGGUGACACUGUUUCUGUGAAGACUAAUGUUCGUGAGACCGACUUCCAAGAGCAGAACGAACGCAUCUCUGAACUGACCAUCAACAAUCUGGUGCCUGGCGAUGCAGGGUUGUACGAAUGCCAUGCCGACGGUGGCAAAUCUGGCACAGCCGAAGGGAGCAGCCUGCUGACCGUCAGAUAUAAACCUGUGUUUGCCAAAGACCAGACGGAACAUAACUACACUUGGGCAGGACAGACCGGUGUUUUGCGCUGUACGACGUUUGGCGAGCCGCUCCCCAAUAUCGUCUGGUUUCGUGAUGAUGUCAUGAUCCAGCAGGGCCAGAGCUACUUUGACCAGACUGACCGACAGGUGGACGCUGUCACGCGUGAAGGACUCCUGAUGAUUAGGGUGGACUUUGGGAAUGAGAAUGAAGUCUAUACUACAUAUACCUGCCAGGCAACCAAUGAUAUGGGUGUGGGCCGGAAAAACAUCUCCCUCAUCAAGUCAAGUGUGCCAGUCCUGAGGGAAGUGUCCCAACUGGAGUUGACCCCAAAAACAGUGAAAUUUGGUAUUGAGGUUGGCUCGGUAACCAAUGGACCUGCACCGACGGCUGUUGUGGUCGAGUAUGGCAACGGAAAUGUCUCUGAAAUACCUUUAAAUAAGAAUGGCCCAACCAUUGUGAACAUAUCGAGUCUGCUUGUGAGCACGCCAUACACAUUUCAUUUCUACGCGAAGAGUAUGGCUGGUAGAAGCCUUCCAAAGGUCGUAUCCCUCACCACGUUAGCCAUGAGAAAUCCAUAUCCCGUUCAAGUCAUGUCUCGGCCGGACAGUGAAUUAUCUACUAAGUAUCGGCUGCAGUGGACUAUCCCAAAGACAGGUGGCUCUCCCCUCACGAAAAUCAACAUCCGCUACCGCAGGGUUUCGGUACUUGACGAGAAGUCGGUUGACAACCAGUACCAGUUUUCGAAGGAGAAGACAGGAUGGUUCACGCUGGAUCCACUCCCAGGGGGAACAACUACAACAACCAUCCAUAGCCUCGAACCAAGCGAAUAUUACCAAGUGGAGGUAACUGCCGAAAACCUCCUGGGAACAUCGGACCCGGAACCCUUCAUCUUCCGCAUGGCACAAAAUCAAUCAUUAUCAGACCCAGAUGAGAUGGCAAAGUCUGCAUUGGAGGAUGACCUCGGACUUCCCAUUGGAAUCAUAAUCCUCAUCGUGAUCGUCGUCUUCGUCGUCCUCUUUGUUGUCGUCGACGUGACUUGCUACUUCCGGAACAAGUGUGGCGUCAUCAUGUGCCUGAAGGAACGUGUAGGACAUGCGGGGUCAGCGGACACGCGCAGUAAGGAACCUAUUAUGGAAUCGGGAGAAAGUGAGAAAGGUACUCUGCCUAUAGGAGGUGUACAGAACAAAGACGGCCAUCUUGUGGAGGAUGAGAAGAAGGUGCCGCUGUUGGACUCAGAUGGAGGAGCCAAGGAUGAGGUAGAAGAGGAGAACGAAGUACCUGCUAAAGAGGCAGAGGAGAUAGAACCAGAGGACAAACAAGAAGACGGAGCAGACAACAAACCGGUGGCGGAGGGCACAGAAGCCAAGGACGAUACCACCACGGCUCCAGAACCGGCAGGCGAUCCAGUCCCGCCUCCUCAGGUCGCGACCACACCUUCUGCGUCUGACGGCCCAGCAGAGCUACCCGUGGCAACCGAACCUAGUGCCUAGUGAAGUCAGUGCCGAUAUGAUGGAGUGGGCAGGAUAUAUACAGUUAAGGGCGGACUAGAUUGACAGUAUAACUGCUGUGUGUGGGCGGAGUCUACACAGUGAUAUUUCUUAUUUAGACAGAUCAUUGGUCGGACGGAUAUUGAUAGACAGCUUUGAUUCAUUCCAUACAUAUUAUUGGAUUGUGUAACAACAGAGGAGUUGAACGGGAAGGGAUUAGUUCACGUUUUUACCUUUUUGAGGACCUAUUUGAACCAUCGCCUUGGCUAGUUAAUACUGAUCCCUGUUGCCCUAUAAGGGCGCAUUUAUGUCCCUGUUUUGCUUGUGUGAAAGGGUGAGAGAGUUGGGAGCUGAGACGAAAGGUAAUAUCUGACAACACUUUCCUAGAGUCAUUGGUAACCUUCACCAAACGUACAGGGAUGAAGCAUGGACGACAGACUUCCCGUAUGUGCUAGGGCAUGCCAUGAUUUUUUCAAAAUGAAAAACAAAUCUUGUUUAGACCACAGAUGACUCUCAGAAACAUGGUCAUUGUACCACAAGCCAACUGAUUACAAGUGUUUGAGUACACGAUUCCAAAAUAUUAACUUGAGUUUACCCUGUGACGUAAUGAUUCAAAAAGAUGUUAGUACUCAGGGAAAAUGUGCAGCGUGCCAGACUGAAGGGUUCGUCUCAGCUCUAUUUGAUUAUAUAUUUAUUUGUAUGAUUGUAUGUUUGUUCCUCGCCUUAUAUUUCUAGUUACGCCCAGGUCUCGCAGGGACCAGGAAAAUCAGGGGCUCCAGCAGAUUAAAGGGCGUACUUGGUUUGUUGACGCAGGCAUACCUUGAACAUUUGAUGUUAAAAUGCAUACAUCGCUGGCCGGCAUCAACCGAUCAAAUUCGCUCUUAACAAUUGUAUAUACAUUACUCGGGACCAGAAAUACCAGCAAAAAAAUAUGUAAUCUUUUUAAUAUGCAAAUGACAUGUAGCUAUUGUGGUGUGUCGUCAUACACCUGAUAUACGUCAGAGCUCUUGUUUCUGUGGUCACGUGGUUUAUUGAAAAAAACAGUUCUGCUCGACCGUUCCAUGUAACAAUGUUUUCCAUGCAUGUUCACUGCACUGUAAGUGUUCUCGCUAAUUAAGAUCUCAUUAUGUAUGGAUCUGAUGAAAUUCAUGAAUAUUCAUUUGAUUAAUUAAUAUUUAGAAAGCAUAACCGGAUACACCGUUUCACACCUAGUGUUUGAAACAUAUUUAAACAAACUGUUCACAGACUGUUAAAUGUCUCAAUUACAAUGUAUGUCAUAUUUUAGAAAAUUGCAAAUUAGAGUUUGUUAACCCUUUCACCAUUUAUAUGGAUGAGUCCAUUAUGGUCUACAGUGGUGAAAGGGUUAAAUGAAGCAUCUAUCUUAAAACUGUUUGACCUUUCCUCCGUGCCCUAAAUUGUCGUUAAUCUUUGACCCCUGAAUUUAUUAUAGCAGGUAAUUAGCCUAUUUCAAUGCGGGUUGUGUUGAUUUUUCUCUGUUACUGUGUACAGUAAAAUUUUCCUAGACACUGUUAAGUUUUUUAUCUGUGAGUUAUUUGUUGAGGCAGCCAGAUACCACAGACGAUAUUUUAGAUUAUUUUGUUUAUUUUUAUCUAAGAUUGUUACCGAAAGUCGAUUACCAAAAACCUGUUUCAAACUCAGCAGAAUCUAGUUUAUCAUUGUUGUUCCCGUAUUAUGUUUCAUGCCCUCUGUCAUACCUCAGCUUACUUAACAACUGUGACGUUAUUGUUACAUAUAUGACGUCACUAUGACAAACAGCUUGGUUAUGUUAUGCUUUUACGCUUCUGUGACGUCGUAUUGUUGUGUCGUUCGAAUUAAAUCACUUCAUAUUAUGACAAUAGUAAUAAUGUAAGAUAUUUACGAGAUGUAGUGAACUGAUAAAACAUAUGAAAUGUGAUCGUGGGUGACCUUUCCUUUAACUUGUUGACCCAUGAAGUUUCAUAAUGAACUAUUCCAACCUUUGAAUUGGAAGGGUCCAAAUGUGUCUUCAGGGAUGAAUGAGUUAAAUUGUAUGCUUGAGUGACCUUCCUCAACACCUUAGAUGUCUGCACUUGUAAGGCGCCCCACUCGCAUUCCUAUUACUACAACACAACCUGUUGAUCAAGCACGUACAAGAGGACAGUGUCUUAACCCGGAUCAGUGUUGACCUUUGAUGAAAUAUACAUACCAGCGGACAAAACAAAUAAGGUCAAAUAAGCAUGUAUUGAUGUUGCCAUGGUGAUGUAUUCUGUAAGUUAUUUGUGACCGGUUUCUUGACACAGUGCAAUUCAAUAUCGUUUAUGAUCUUUUGUUUUGACGUAACUAAAAUUAAUUGAACAGAAAUUAAAGAAUAGAGAAAAUACUAACGCGAGAAUAAGGGAGUAAACUGUGGUAGGAAAAUGUGAAAAUCGUGACAGAACUGUAUGGCCGAGUAUGCAUAUUAUCUGACUGAAGUAAUGAAAACAGAAAGGGUUGAUACUUAAUGAUAAAUACAAUACAAAUGAAGCCAGAUAGUAUUAUUUUGUAGGAGACACAAAUCAGUGUAAAAUGUAAACGCAGGACGAUGCUUGUAGAGUAAACAUCGUCUAUGUAUCUGUAUAUCGCUGUACGAAGUGAGAGGAAUUCCAACGCAUGUGUGAUGUGUCAUCGUAGAAUAACAGCUGGUAAAUGAAUUAUGAAAAAGGCAUGCAUGUGUUUAACCCUUUCACCGCUAUGUAACUUUAAUGAACUAUACCAUACAUUGAUCUGGAUGAUUCCAUUAUGGUCUACAGUGUUGAAAGGGUUAAGGUAACAGAUCUGUGCAUUCCAUUGGUAGAGGACAUAGGUGGGUUGUCCAGUAGUUGACGUGCACGUGAUUCAAUGACGACAAAAUUGUACAUGUGAUUCAGUGACGUCACGCUCAUGUGUCAAUGUAGGACGUUACGUAUUUCGUUAUAAUAUCAUUGUCAUAUUAACCUUCAUAACCGGAGAAUAAAUUAUUCAUUCAUCAAUAGUCAGAUGUCCAUUUGAGUGCCAUAUAUGUGUAAAGUAUUUUAUUCUGGCUUCGACACACUAUUUUUGCCAUAUAUACGAAACACUGAUAUGAAAUGGGGUCUUUAUGAACGUGACCUUUACAAUAUCACUACUUCCAGUUUCUGUUCCCAUUUCGUCAGCUGAAUCUGUCAAUUUCAUAAAUUUAUAAAUCUUUCCCUGCUUGCAGUCUUAUUUACAGGGAAGUCUCCAGACCCGUUUAUGUUUGUAAAAUCCACAAUCUGAUAUUUUAAUUUAAAUAAGUAACUCUUAAAUAUUUGUUUUUUCAAAAAGAACUCUAUUUCGUGGAUGUAUUCAGUAACUUACGGUAUAAUGCAAGCAGUCGCUGAUGAUAUUAUUUGUUCCGUAUAUUUAACGGAACAUCUACAAUGUUUGCGGUACGUGAGAAUUCAGCGAAUAGUCUUUGAAAUAAUAGAAAUUAUACAUUUGACUGCGGAUAUUUUGAUGGAUGGGUUCCUUUGGUAAAAACAUAAAAUACCACGACAUAGUAAGUUCUACGGUCCGUUCACUCCUUGCUCAUAACUGUUGAUAAUGUACAGUUUGACUCGCAAUCGCUUACAGUGCCAACGUGUGAUUGUUAUUGUUAAAACAUUUGUCUUUUUACACUUAGAAAGAAUUCCGAGAUACACCCACUGAUCUAUAUGUUUAAACUUUGCUCCCCCCUCCCACCACCCCCAUUACAGAAAACCAGCUAUUUUUUUUAUUUCCAAUAACCAACAUGACGAAAAAGUCAAUGACUUGUCAGUUUCUACCACCCCUUUGGUUUGCCACUAAGAUAUGUGUGUUAGAUACUGAAGAAAAAAAAAUAUAGUCAAUUAUAAAUUAUAUUUAGAAGUUGCUAGCUCAAUUCUUUAAGGGAACAUAAUUCUGUCGAAAUCACAGGUAUGCUUCAUUUGGUAGAAUAUAACCUUAUGAUAUUACAGUCAAAACCUAAUUUUGGAUUUGAAGCAGAUUUGUUUUAGCUGCACUUUCCCUGAAGUCAUUUAGAACUAUCAGAGGGUUAAUCAAUACUGGUGUAGCUUGGCGUUUUCUUUUAGAAGAAAUUAUAUGGAUAUUUAUUGUGUCAAUUUUGAACGAAACAACAUGAAUAAUCCAGUUAUGCCGGUUGGUGUGCAAUUAUUCCAUGUUGUUUUUAAAAUCAUAUUUGGGGUGUCUUAAUACUCGUAACUCAUUGUUUUAUCAAGCAGAUAGUUGUGUACAGACGAUGUGAUGUUGCUAUUGGCUUCGUAUGUAUCAAUGCUCGAAAAAUACGUCUCAUGUUUGAACUUGAAAGCAGUGUAUACACGUCAUUUAAUUAUUAUUAUUAUUAUUAUUAUAACAUAUAUAUAUUGAUGACCUCUUUUCACUAUGUAUCAUAUACCUAUAUAUUACACUCUCUUUGUACAUAUUGAGACAUUAUAUAUGUAACUAGCUUUCUGUUCAGUGAGCGUUUGUUUGUGUAUGUAAUUGAAAUUUACACCAUUAGUUCAGUAUCGUUGACGUCAAAAACAAAAAGUCAUGAUCCAAGGACUUGAAAAUGACAUGAAGUUAUGGAGAUUUUAUUUUUAAAAUUUAAAAAAAAAAUUCAAACUCUUUUACUUGUUUCAGUCAUUUUAAGAUAAAUUAUAGAUAUCAAUACCUCAAUUUUCAGUUCUAACUUGUUACUUUCUACGACUCAGACUUUUAAAUACACUUUUUUAAGAAUUCUGGCAUUGGCUGAAUUUUUUAUUUUUCUUACUAAAUUUGGUCGAAAUAUCUGUGUUGAAUUAUCAUUUGUCUUGGCAUAGAAUCCAUGAACAGAAUUUUUGAUGAAAUAUUUUACCAAAAUUAUACCUUGCUUAUUUGUGUGAUAAAGCCCAUGAAGCUAACCAGUGUUCAAAAAACAGAUAUAUUGUUGUGUUUUAUCAUUCAGCAACUUGUUUUUUUUACAGGCUAUGUUACAUCAGAAAUCCAUCUUUCCAACAUAUAAUUGUAAUGUGGGUGUAAACAUCUGUAGAAUUACAGAAAUUUGAAUUAAAAAAAAAAAAAAGUUCGUUUCACAUUUUUGGGUCAUUUUGUAGUAGGAGUAAACAAUCAUAUAAAAAUAUCAUUCGGAAAUCCUCGGCCGGCGUGUUCUUAGCACAAUAACCUCGGAUGUGAUCGGAUGUCUGCCUUUGCAUAUCACGUGAUAGACAAAAUAUAGUUCCGAGAAUGCGUUAGCGAACGCAAUAUUGACGCAUGUCGGAGAUUUUCUGAUGAAUGUAAUUUUUUUAUGGAUAUAAAAAAUUAAAAAAGUACUUAGCGUAGAGCCAUUACAGUUAAACACAGGCGGAACUUAUGUGGUGAAAUGAGUAAAUACUAUUUCCGGCGAAUAUCAUGUAUUGAUUUGGUACAAUAUUCCUACAUCGAUCACAACCGAGGUAAGGAUGGAGUGUACAGGAGACCCCCGAGGUUUGCCGAUUGAUAAGUAUAUACAUAAAAGUUGUCCGUCAUGUUUAUAUUUUUCCUAAAUAUAUUCAUAGAUUCAUCGGUAUUCCAUUUACAAAAUAUCAUUAUUAUAUUUCAUCAUAUCGUUCUCUGCUUAGGCAUAGCAAAUAAAGUGCAUUUUAUAAAAUUAAAGAUUUCAUCCAUGUUGUAAAACAAUUGAUGGUUUUGUCUGGGAUGUGUUACAAAACCGUGUUUCGUUUUAUUCUUCAUUAUAAAAAGUUUUCAGUAAUAAUAUGAGAUAUUUUGAACGUGUCGUCCGUGAAAUUAAGAUGGUGAAUUGACCUCCAGUAUUCUACUCCACAGUAUUUAAAUAUAGAACAAAAUUUAGGGCAAGGUUAUUUCGUGAUUAUUUCUUCAAAAGAAAUCCUUUGAUAUUAACAGUUAGAGUUGAUAAUUUCGCCACAUGAUAACCGGUGGUACGUCAACCACCUCAGGAGUGUAUAGGUAUACUAUUUUUGAUUGUGCGUUGUUCUGUGAAAUAUCUGUUUCGUAAGGCCAUGUGUUAGUCAAGCUUAUUUUUGGAUGUUUAUUGUAAUAAAAUUUGAAAAAAUAAAUCG